GGAUGGGUAUUCCUCAACACAAUCACCAUCUCAGCUCACUCGAAUACGACAAGUCUGUCAUUGAAGUAUUCUGUCAACAAUGCGUCCUCUGACGCGCUCGCUAUUCAGGAGCGCACGGCUACCUCCUCGCUCUCCGGCCGCCUCGGCCGGAGUAUUUCGUCAAUACUCGCACAUUCAGCAUCCCAACCACGCAGCCACGCCAGAUGAAUGGCUCAUCUACUUCGAGCAACGCGACGCGCAAUUUGAGAGAACAGAGCGGGAAGUUAUUGAGCUUAGAGAGAAACUCAGUAGGAUGGAGACUGCGCAGGCUCAGAGCGAGGCACAGCUCGAGAACUUGAGAGCCCAGCUCCUGAAGCGAAAGACAGACUAUAACCUUCUCACUGCAGCUGAGCUCGUAGUCGAGGCCGCCUACCGCAACGGCACCAUCACCACGAGCGCUGACAAUACCCCGCAAGUGAUCGUCUGUGCGCUGACGGAGCUCAAGAAAGACCCGCUGCUGACGUCGCUCGCUGGCGAAGAAGGCGGGCUUGAUGGACGCACUCCAGAUGAGCAGCGGCUACGAUUUGAUGCAUUGAAUAUGUCCGAUGAGGCAGGAUGGUAUAUUGACAAAUCGUGUGUUCGUGCGUUUACGAUCGAACCGAUCCCCGUGGACACGCACGGCUAA